UACGUUAAGUUGUCAUCCUGCGUCGUGUUGGAAAAAUUGCAUGUCGCUAUGUUCAGUCAAGUCAGAUCUCGAAAUAAAUAAAUUGGUCAUGGCUGAUAUCGAGGAACAUAAACAUCGGGAAACCAAUUUCCAUGAGGGAGAAGGAAACGAAGUUGUCGGCAAGCUUAGUUUGCAAAUCACAAACAAAAGACGUAUGACAGAGAAGCCGGCGCCUGCGCCCCUCGCGGGGCCGCACGGUGUUCAGAUCGUGAACACGGGCCCCGAGCACUCGUUCGUGCUGGACGAGGAGGCCCUGGCGACCCUACUGCUGCAGGACGACAUCAAGGAUCGCUCGGCUGUCGUCAUCUCAGUAGCAGGCGCCUUCCGGAAGGGCAAGUCCUUCCUGCUCGACUUCUUUCUACGGUAUAUGCACCACAAGUAUGGGGCGGGCGGCGGUGGCAGCGAGUGGCUGGGCAACCCUGACCAGCCGCUGUCAGGCUUCAGCUGGAGGGGAGGUUCCGAGCGAGACACCACCGGCAUCCUCAUGUGGUCGGAGAUAUUCAAGGCAACGCUUGAAGAUGGUGAAAAGGUAGCGAUAAUCCUUCUGGACACGCAAGGCGCGUUCGACAGCGAGUCCACGGUGCGGGACUGCGCCACGGUGUUCGCGCUGUCCACCAUGCUGUCCUCCGUGCAGAUCUACAACCUGUCGCAGAACAUACAGGAAGACGACCUGCAACACUUGCAGUUAUUCACAGAAUACGGCCGACUGGCGUUAGAAGAUGGUGGUCGGACCCCCUUCCAACGGCUGCAGUUCGUGGUCAGGGACUGGAGUUUUCCUUACGAGGCGCCCUACGGCGCUGAAGGUGGACAGACCAUACUUCAGAGACGACUGAAGGUGUCGGAGAAGCAACACCCCGAGCUGCAGUCGCUCCGCAAGCACAUCACGUCCUGCUUCGCGGAGAUCGCCUGCUUCCUCAUGCCGCACCCUGGCCUUCGAGUGGCCACCAGCCCUGACUUCGAUGGAAGACUCUCCGACAUCGAGCCGGAGUUCAAGCGCGCCCUACAACAGCUGGUUCCAAUGCUCCUGGCGCCGCGGAACCUGGUCCCCAAACUCAUCAACGGCCAGCGAGUACGUGCCAAGGACCUGCUGCACUACUUCAAGAGCUACAUGAGCAUCUAUCGGGGGAACGAGUUGCCUGAGCCCAAGAGUAUGCUCGUGGCGACGGCCGAGGCGAACAACCUGACGGCGGUGGCGGAGGCGCGCGAGGUGUACACGGCGCUCAUGGAGGAGGUGUGCGGCGGCGCGCGGCCCUACCUGCAGGCUCAGCUACUGGACGCGGAGCAUACACGCGUGCGAGACAAGGCCCUCCACGCCUUCCACUCCAAACGAAAAAUGGGCGGCGACGAUUUCAGUCGCGCCUACUCCGAUCAGCUAAUCCGAGAUCUCGACGAGCAAUACCAGCAGUUCAAGGCUCAUAAUGAGAGCAAGAAUAUCUUCAAGGCGGCUCGGACGCCCUCCGUGUUGUUCGCGAUCGCACUGGCCAGCUACGUGCUGAGUGGUGUGUUCGGGCUGGUGGGGCUGUAUCCGGUCGCCAACCUCUGUAACCUCGUGAUGGGAGUGGCGUUCCUUACACUUACGCUCUGGGCGUAUAUACGAUACAGCGGAGAGAUGAGAGAGUUAGGUAUAACAAUAGACGAAGGAGCAAAUUGGUUGUGGGAUAAUGUAAUGAAGCCAGUGUACCAGGCGGGCCUGGAGAAGGGCAUGGAGCACGCCGCGGCGGCGGCGGCGGAGAGGGCGCUGGGGCCGCCCACGCCCACGCUCAACACCACGUCCACGCCCAGCUUCAAGCCCACUCCCAACGCCAACGGGAAGCACAAGACCUUGUGAUGCUCGCCCACGCGCGCCCACACGCGGACCCGCGGGCUCUACACGGACGGCCAGAUAUGCUCGGAGAGACACGCCACUAGUCAAGCUGUUACUGACAAUAAUCGUAACCUGGCUCGGUUCUGUUUACACCACAGAUCGGUCGGUAGUAUUGACAGCUUAAAUUAUGCUCACGAUACUAAGAGCUUAUCGAAAAUUUUUAAAGAGACUAACAUACAAACCAUAGAUGUAAUAGGAAGUAACGGUGAAAGUAAUGUGAGACAUCUAAGCUGUGAUUGUAGAGGUACACGGCAGACGACCAGUAAUAUGGAUGAGAUAAAAGUAUUUAAUGAAAAAAUAGAUAUGGAUAAAUACAGUAUAAUCUGUAAUAUAAAUAAACUUACUAGUAAUAAAAGGAAAUGGUAUAAAAAAACCAUCAAUUCGAAAAAAAGUAUUAUGUAUUCUAGUAAAUUAUUUUGGCAGCAUAUUUGUAGGAAAGUGAAAAUAUUAAGUUAUUUGCAUGUGGGUUCAAGUUCAAAAGUAGCAAUAAAAUUGUUAUCGAGAUGUAUUUAAAAAUUGAUUGUUUUCUAAAUUGUAUCCGAAGUGGCCAUCUCAUACAUAUCACCAAGUAUCGACGGAUUCUAACAUAAAAGUGUCUGUGUCCGCGUUUGUGUGUGGUUCGAUGAACGAUAACUUCAAAUCUUAGUGAGUUUUAAAAAGUGACAAGUUUAAUUUUUAAUCGUUUUACGUAGCUUAGUGGUUGGUUUUCAAAAAAUUUAUGGUAAAGGAAUGUUGACGGUGUCGGUGGGGAGUAUUUUCAAUAGGUCAUUGUACAGUCAUAGACAAAUUAUAUUAUUAGUUAUAGUAUCGUAAUAGGUUAAUUGAUAUUGCUUGAUUAAUCUAAUAAGGAGCGCUCAAUGUGUAAAAGUUUAACUCGUGCUCGUUGGCUUCAAAACUAAGUCAGUUUUUAUCUAUGCCCUGCAAGAUAUUUGCAAGGAUGUAUUUGUACGAUAUCUUAAUUUUAUAUUUCUCGAUGUAUAAGUAACGAGUUUAACAUACGGUAGACAUUAUUUAACUUCACACAUUAUUUUCCGGAAAUAAGUUAUGUAAUUAAAAUGAUAAAAAAUAACUCUUAGAUUAAUAAAGCAAUAAAGUAUAUUAAGACUAAAUCUUCGUGACGACAGAAUUUUAAUCAUGAUUAUGAAGUUUGUAAAAAAAAUAUUUAAAAUACAACUUGAAUAUUUUAAAAGUUGCACAAAUUAUGAGUUUAUAAAAUCAAGUUUUUUAAAUUUAAAAAAAAAUGUAAUUGAAUCAUAUCUUUUUAUCACUCGUUAAGUUGCACUAGAACUGUUGAAGACGUACUUAAAAGAUCUAAUUGUCGGUGUAAAAAUACUGUUUGAAAUGAGUAUAUUGUUAAGUAGACGAUGAUUUUUGUAAAUACUAUUUCAAACAAUACUCUCAUUGUGUAGUUACGUUAUUCCUGAAUGUGCCAAUACUGAUUCGGUGGUUUUUUUAAAAGAAUGGGGUCAUCUAUCAAUUACGUCACCCGGAUUCACGAUUUUUGGACCCCUAACCUAUCCUUGUCACAUGAGACCCUAGUGUGAUGUCACAUAUUUUACACUAUAAAUUCGUAUUUAUUAAAUUAAAACGUCAGUUUCAACAUUACUUUUAUUUCCAUUCAAAUAUAUUAUGUUUUGAAAUGUGAUGUCACAAUAUUUUUUCAAAAGGACGCCUCCCCACCCCUUUUCACACAAUGUCACACUUCUUCGACCCCCUACUCCCCGUAAUAUGUGACGUAAUUUAUGUAUGGCCCCCAAAUUAAUUCAACGUCACAGUGGGAACAAAUAAUGUUUGAAUUUUAUUACGUUGUAGAUUUCAGAGUUUAUUUCGUUGUUUGUUACUGAACUCGGAAUAAUUUUUUUUAAACCGUUUUUUUUUUCUCUUUUCCCUUACCUAUGUUUAAAAUACAGGAAUUUUUAAUUUUACAUUUAAUUUAUUUAAGACGAUUUUAAUCAAUAAAGAAAUAGAUUGAAGCAUUUUUGAAAAAUCAUGUUUGUGCUUUUAUUACAUAACUAGCUGUGUCCCGCGGGUUCACUCGCGUUAAUUUGAAGAAACAACGUACUAACAUUUUAUAUAGCCUUCCUCGGCUAUGGGCUGUCCAAGACAAAAAUAUUUUUUCUAUAUUUUUCGCGUUUAAACAAAUUUUUCGGCUUAGUAUUAUUAGUGUAGAUAGGCCACGUUUUAUCACAAACGGCUGUACUUAAAACUUGUUGUGGAAAGUGAUUUCAUUUAGAACUUCUUUUUAAAUUUAGUUAAACAUCAAAUAAAAAAAAAUAGAGUGUGUGUUUAAGACCGCACGGCAGAAGUGAAAACUUCAUUGACAAUCGCAAUAAAGCAAUGACGCAAUAAGUCCCGAGUCCACCCGAUCGAGUGUUACGCCGUUCAGCAGCGAAGAGCGGUCUGUAUGUUACUCGCUCGGGUACACUCGGCGGUCCCGAGUUAACCCGAUCGAGCCUUUCACAUCAGAGCGUGACGGAUCAGCCUAACUUACUACCUACGUGUAGUGCGGUGCGCCAAAAGUUUUCACUUCAAAAAAAAUUUUUUAAGUCAAAUUGCAUGUUCUGCAACUGUGCGUGCCUUUUGUUGAAAAUACACAGCUUUUGAUGGUUAUGCUUUAACUAUAGGGGCUUAUUAGUUAUUAUCAUGUUGAUUGAAUUUUGAUGUUUAGUCUAUUAUUUGCUCAAAAUGUCUUGUAACAUAAAUAUGUUUUUUUUUUUUAAAUAAAUUUGUAUGUUAUAAAACCCUAA